ACCAGCCUGGUGUCGGUGGAGGGUUUGUCCCGGCUUGUGGACCCGUCCCAGCUGACCUCUGACCUCGGCGGCUCGCUGGAGUACGACCACGUGGAGUGGACCGAGCUGCGUCUGGGUCUGGAGGAGUUCUCUGGGGCCGCCACUCAGCUGCUGUCCCAGCUGGAGCAGCUGGAGGCCGGGCUGAACCGCAUACCAGAGCCCCAGGACGUGGACGAGGCCCGCAAACUUCUCGAGGAACACAGUCGUCUCCGUAACACCAUCGCCACGGCACCUGUCGACGGCCUGGAGCGAGAGGGGCGGAGCUUGCUUCAGCGCAUGCGCUUGGGCCCCUCCCACGGUGACGCCUCUACUGAAGGCAGCGGCGGUGGCGGCCACGGCAGCUGGCUGUCGGGCGGGGCGGACUUUCAGAGCGUUGCGCCGAAGGUUUCAUCUCUGCUGGACCGGCUGCAGGCGGCUCGCAGUCACCUGCUGCAGAGCUGGAGUGACAGGAAGCUGCACCUGGACCAGGCGCUGCAGCUGCACCUGUUCGAGCAGGACGCCACCAAGAUGUCGGAGUGGAUCGCUCACAGUAAAGAGUUGUUCAUGCAGAGUCUGGCGGAGGUCGGCCAGAACCACCAGCACGCCCUCGACCUCCAGACACAACACCAGCACUUCACCGCCAACUGCAUGAACGGCAGCGUGAACGUAGACAGCGUGGUGACCGUGGCGGCGAGGCUGGCGGAGGCCGGUCACUACGGGGCAGAGCGGAUCGCCAUGGUGUCGUCACGGUUACAGGAAGACUGGAAGUCCCUGACGACGACACUGGAGGAGCGGAGCAACACGCUCGCCAUGGCAACCGGCUUCCACCAGGGGGCAGAACAGUUCCUGCUCAGAGUGGAGGGCUGGGUUCAGACGUGCUCUGAAGGGACGUUGCCUUCAGCGACAGCAGAGCUGGAAGCUGCAACAAAGAAACACCAGGAGCUGAACGAGGAGAUCUCUGCUAACUACACACAGGUCAGUGAGAGUGGUAAAGCCUUAUUGGACGUCCUCCAGCGUUGCCCGGCGGCCGACUCCGAUGACGCACCCACCAAACCAGACUUCAGUGCUGCCACGCACGGCAUCAUGGGAGUUCUGCACCAGGUCAUGCAGGGUUACCAUGAGGUGGAGGGGGCGUGGCAGCAUCGUAAGCUCCGCCUCCACCAGCGCCUGCAGCUGUGUGUGUUUCAACAGGAUGUUAGACAGGUGUUGGACUGGGUGGAGCAGCACGGUGAGGUUUUCCUCAACAAACACAGCGGCGUGGGGAAGUCUCUGCACCGCGCGCGAGCGCUGCAGAAACGCCACGACGACUUCCAGCAGGUCGCACAGAACACUUACACUAACGCAGAGAAGCUUCUGGAAGCAGCCGAUCAGCUGGCUCAGUCUGGAGAGUGUGAGGAGGAGGAGAUCUACCAGGCAGCCCGAGACCUGGAGCUCCGCAUGCAGGCGUUCAUCCAGAGAGUUGAACAGAGGAAGCUGCUGCUGGACCUCGCUGUGUCUUUCUACACACACACCAAGGAGCUCUCAGUAUGGAUGGAGGGCCUCCAGAAGCAGCUCUCCUCAGAUCUCUGUGUUUGUCCGGACACCGUUGAGGCUCUGCAGGCUCUCAUCAGCCAGCAGCAGCAGCAGCAGGCCAACACGCAGGAAGCUGCGAUGAGUGUCAUCCGGGAAGGAGAAGAUCUCAUCCUGCAACUCAGGCCCCAGGGUAGCUCGGUGGCCCAUGUGGAGUCAGUGUUGCAGCAGCUGGAAGAGUCUCAUGUUCAGUUGGAGGAACUUUUCCACCAGAGGAAAAUCCGAUUGGAUGUUUACCUGCAGCUCCGCAUUCUGCACCAGUGCACACUGGAGGUAACCGGGGAAAUAGAUGCCUGGAAGCAGGACCUCCAGAAACAGUCCCAGGACUUCUCAGCAGAAAAGCUAGCAUCGCCACGGCUAGCCGAUGCAAACCACGACAAGCUAGCCCAGGACAAGCUAGCAUUGGGCCAGUCACGGCUAGUGGAGGCCAGCCCUGAGGUGCUAACGCUAGCACAGCAGCGCAUCCACAGGCACAUGGAGCGAAGGCUGGCUAUGAACAAUAUGAUCUAUGAGGUCAUCCAACAAGGUCACGACCUUCAGCAGUACGUCACUGAGGUCCAGGCAUCGGGUAUCGAGCUAUCGGAGGCAGAGGGGGGUCUCUCCUCUCAGGUGGAGGAGCUGCAGCACCUCCUGCAGGACAAACAGAAGGAGAUGCAGCAGAUUGCAGAUCACACACACACACACCUGGAGCAGAACCUGCAGCUGAGACACCUGCAGAGCCAGGUCAAACAG